AUGCAACUCAUCUUCUUCUUCGCACUUCUUGUCGCUUUGGGCAGUGAGUUUGCGAAGAAGUCGAUGAUAUCCGUUGCCAUUCUUCGUAGUCAUCGGUGCGUCGGCGGAGAACAGCACGGAGACGCCGCGCAACGAAACGACGCAUGUGCAAACGAGCGGAGUGGUCACCAACAUCGCCUACUUCCACCUGCUCGCCUGUUUCGCCCUUGCAAAGCAUGAGAAUCCUUUGGACAGUCUGCUCAAAUUGGCACGUUUUUGUGGAAACACGUCAUAAUGAGUGAGAGGACGUGUUCAGACUCUCGAAGUUUCUUUGGCUCCUGGAGCAAAGGCUCGUGCCGAAGAAUGUCCGACAGAACGCCGCAUCUCUUCCACGCACAACCUCACCGAGUUCUUCUUGGUCAGCGAAGUUCAGAAGCACAAUCUGACAAAGUCCGCACGCAAACGUCUCCGGGAGAACGAGAAGGACUGGCCGGAAGUUGAUCCGAUGGUAACCGACUUUCGGACACCUCAAUCCACUAUAAAACUGUUUCAGGCUCGAAUUGUACAAGCCGCUUUCUACACGGAUAAACCGGAGAUGGCGCUGGACAAGGAGACGUACGAUGAACGCGAAGAUCUGGGAUACACUGUCAACGGCUACUUCUCGUUCGCGUGCGACAUGGCUAACUGUAAGGAUGACGGGAAGAAGAAGGCGAUCAUUGUGUGCCACAUGACACGAGGAGUCCCGCCGCAGAAGAGAGUCAUCUCGAAGGCCGAGUACGAACGACGCUACGGACCGGUGGAGCCGAAAGCCGAUUCUGGAGCUGCCCACGUUCCUCUGCUCGUUUCAAUGAUACUUGUCGUUCGGGCUCUCUUCUGA